AUGGAUAAGUCAUGGAUUAUUAAGCCACAAUCAUCGAUUGCGUAUCAAAAAGGGAUACAAGAAUUUAUUGAUUUUGCAUUUAAAGGUGCAAAAGAAAACGACGUAGUAAUAUGUCCUUGCAAACGUUGCGGUUUCAGAAAAUUAAAGAGUAGGAGUGACAUGUUCGACCACUUAAGUUGGUCACCAUUUCCGCAGGGAUACACCAUGUGGAUCCAUCACGGAGAGUCUUUUGUACGAUCUAGUACUAUCUCCCCUAGUACUACUCCAAGUAUGGUAGAAUAUACUAACAUUGUCGAAGAACCUAUUCAGAACAUGAUCAACGAUGCAUUUGGAGUUUAUGGGAAUCAUGCAAAUGAAAUACCAUCUGCGUCAAAUUUGGAGAUUGAACAAGAAGAUUAUGUGAUGCCAAGCUCAACUCAGGAAAGAAACGAAGCCAAGGAGUAUUAUGAGUUGGCUAGAGAAGGAGAACAACCUUUAUAUGAAGGGUGUAGACGAUAUUCAAGACUAUCUUUUUUGGUUAAGUUGUACCAUAUAAAGUGUUUAUGUGGAUUGAGUGAGAAGGCAAUGACAAUGAUUUUAGAGUUAAUAAAAGAUGCAUUUGAAUAUGCAAACAUUCCAAGUUCAUUCUAUGAAGCCAAGAAAUCAAUCACAAAACUUGGUUUGAAUUAUGUAAAGAUACCCGCAUGUCCAAACGGUUGGUUGGGUUCACUUUCUGGGUGGAACACAUACACAGGACUUGCUUGCCCAUCGUGUAACUUUCAAACUACACCUGUCCGUCUUAAAGCUAGUCGUAAAUGGUGUUUUAUGGGUCAUCGUCUUUUCCUUGAUCGGAGACACAGGUUUAGAUUGAACAAGAUCCGCUUUAAUGGUGAACAAGAAAUGCGGAGUCCACCGAGAACAUUAUCUGGACAUGAAGUUUUUGAAAAGGUUAAAGAUGUUGAAGUCAUCUUUGGUAAAAAGGCAGUGAAAGAAAAAUCAGUAAAAAGAACACGUGAGGAACAACCUAUAGAAGGUGAUAGUACACAAUGUGAUCCUACAAAAGAAGUUAAACUUGGAGGUCCUGUUCAUUAUCGAUGGAUGUAUCCUGUUGAAAGGUACUUGGGAAAACUUAAAUCAUAUCUAGAAAAUAUUGAGACUAGAUGGAAUCAACCUGGACGUGUAGAUGACGACCCUAUUGAUGAUAUCCAAACUGCUUCACGUGUAGCUGAAUUAUUUCCUAGAGUUGGAAAACCUGUGGGUGGAUCUUCUUAUUACACCCUAACACCAACUGAAAAAUUGCAGGCUCAUAGACACGUUUUAACAAACUGUCCAAUAGUUGACGACUAUCUAAAGCAGUUCCGAAACAAGAAGGUUCAUAAGGAGUUUGCGCAUUGGUUCAGCAAUCGUAUUCGCAACAAUCUUGACAACAUUCAUGGGCCAGAUAAAGAUGUUCUCAUUAGUCUUGCUCAUGGACCUUUUGAUAAAGUUAAAAGAUUUACCGCGUUCAAUGUCAAUGGAUUCAAGUUUCGAACGUUGGAAUGA